UCGGUAUAUGGCAACCCAUGGACCAGCUCUCCGCUGUCAGCCCGUCAAAACACAGACUCAAGUCUCCUAUGUCACCCGCGGAAAUGUCCAGAACCGAAAAGCUAAGAGCUUUGGUCAAUGACCGACUGAAAGUGGCCGCUGAGGAAAUAUUCAGCCUUUUUGAAAAAACUAUUAAAGAGUACGAGGAGGAAGUUUUCCAUUCAAAGCAGGAGGUGGAGCAGCAGCAGCAGCAGCGAAGCGUGGCCGCAUGGAAAGCCCCUCUACAGCUCUUUGUCCAGGAAGUGGAUAUUCCUGCUGAGCAGGAUCACUGUGAGAAGAUGACUGAUCUGUGUGAGGAUGAUAAAGAUUUACCACACAUUAAAGAAGAACCGGAAGUAGAACUGUGGACGAUGGAUGAGGCCGGUGAAAAGCAGGAGGAGGCCGAAAUCAAAGACACCAUGUUCAAUAUAAUUUACGUGCAGAGAAGUGAUGAGGAUGGAAAACAUUUACCUCAACAGAGUCAAAUAGCUGAUAAUGAAGUGGGAGACCCCUUUUCCAGCUGCUCAUUUCAACCAGUUAAAGAAGGCUUUGGUGCAUCUGAGCCAAGCAACAAAUGUCAGAUGAGUGAAGUAAGUGACGAUGAAUCAAGAGACAGUGGUGGACGUCGAUCAUCUAUGAACACGGAGAAACCACAGAAAACUGGGGAGACGUCAGACAGGCCGUACACCUGCAGCAUUUGUAAAAAGAAUUUCAGGAUUAAAUCUAUUUUGACUCGUCACAUGAAGACGCACACAGGCGAAAAACCCUACGGCUGUAGUGUUUGUGGUAAAAGCUUCAUCCAGCGCUCCUAUCUGCAAACGCACAUGAACUCUCACUCUGGGCAGAAACCGUACACGUGUAGUUUUUGUGGCAGAGGGUUCACGCAGGUCGGAAACAUGAAUGCCCACAUACGGAUUCACAAAGGAGAAAAACCGCACGGCUGUACUGACUGUGGUAAGAGCUUCAGGGAGAAAGCCGACCUAAUCAAGCACAUGAUAAUUCACACCGGAGAGAAACCUUACAGCUGCACUGUGUGUGAUAUGAAAUUCAGCGCUCAGUCUAAUCUGACCCGUCACAUGAAGGCUCACUCUGGGGAGAGGCCGUACAGCUGCACUGCCUGUGGGAAAAGAUUCGUCCGACGUUCUCAUUUAAUCAGUCAUAUGAAGACUCACACAGGAGAGGACCCCCAGACUUGAGACAUUAUUGUAUUAGCUCCAUGAUGUGUGUUUGAUAAUUUCCUCAGACAUUAGAUGUCACAUUAGAUGAACCAUAAUUUAACCAGAUCUUUUAUAAACCUUGCUAUUGUAGAGUACGAUGCUCAUGAAGCUGUAAAAGUGCAUAUUUUUCUAAUUAUUUUUUCUAAUCUGUUGAAAUCAAGUCAAAUAAGGUACACAAAUAAACAUUUUUUAUCAAA